GUGCUUGCUAACGAAGUGACGUACUUUUUUUCUAAUUUGUUUUGGUCAAUAACCAAGCUGUCGCUAACCACUCGCUCAAGAGCGCGAUGACUGAAAUUUUUCACUAUCCAGAAGAAAAGGUUUUCAAGGCAUUUGUAUGGUCGAAGACAUUUGUUUUCCAUGUGAUCACCGUGGUCUUUCUCUUCCUCGCACCAAUUAUAAUCCUUUGUAACCUGAAAUAUAUUUGGAUAGAUUUCAAAUAUAUUCCUGUCAAUAUGGGUCCAUGUUUCCCUGAAAUAAGUCAGUCAUUUGUUUGGAUUUAUACUGCUGAUGAUCAAAAUCAAAUCAACUCCAAUUUCUGGUCUGGAAUGGAUGUAACUUGGAACACUUUUGGAAAUGAAUUUAUUAGUAUUGAAGACCACUUCCUAUCUGGAUCAAUAAACUACUUCAGCUAUGAAGAUCCUGUUCCAUGGCCAUCAAAAGAUGUCGGGAAACUAGACUAUAAGGCAACUGAGAUUUCGAUCGAUAUAUUUAAUGUUACCAGUCUCAAAAUAAUCGGCAAGCGUCUUUUUAUCCCGAUAACUUGUGGUUUACGACAAAACAAUAAUGAGUUCUCACUGAACGUGACUGGAUUAAUAUGGAGUGAAUUCAUUUCCCAAACGUCAAUGACUGAUUUGUUUAUUCAAAGUGAAUUAACUAUAAAGCAAACACAAUCGAUUAAAUUGCACGGAAUGGAUCCAAUAGAAAAGAAGUACUACAUGAGACCUGUAAUGAAUAUGAAUACUUUACGUUAUAAUUCAAUAAUUUCAAACAUAAACAAUGCAAUGUAUGAUAUGAUAGAUAGAAAUUUGACCCUUCAUCUCGGAAAAACACAAUAUUAUAUGUCAACUAGCGAAACAGACGCCCAACCAUCAGAAUCAUUUCAUAUUACAUUGGUAAUAAAUCUUCCAGAGCAAGAACUAUUAUUUGAAACACCAUUUAUUCAUAGAUUAAAAUGGGCAUAUAUCUUUUACAUUGGUAUGUGGAUUAUAUUUUAUUGGCCAAUUCAAUGGUUACAACGUUGGGUAUUUGAAAAACGUCGAUUGAUGAUUUGUGAUAAUUUCGUUGAAUUUAAAAAACCGUCAGAGAAUGUUUACUUAAGUCAAUUUAAGAAUGAAUGGUGAUGAUGAAUCGACAACUUUCUAUGAUACAAGUUCCCAAUUUGAAUAAAGGUGGACACUGUUUUCUAUCCAUCUCAAACUCAUUGAAAUACAUUAAUUAUAUGCUAUAGAAUAUACAAUAUCUGAAGAAUAUGACUACAUUGCUCUAAAAUUCGCUUUAAGUAGAAAUUCUGUAUUGUUUAGAUGUUGAAGAUCGUUAUGGAGUACACGUUGGUCGUUUCUUCUUCCUCUUCGUUGUUGUUGUUGCUUUCGUAAUCGUCUUUGUGGUAGAGGUUUUUUCUUCUGUAUGAUUCAAUAAAUGUGAUAAACCAGCUGACCGUAUCCCCUGUAAUAAUUGUUCACGUGCAAAUUUUAACUCAGCUGAUAAAUGUUCUAUUUCAGGUGCAUUUAAUAAAGCUGGAAUCAGUGUAGAUCGAAGCCAACGUGGACUGUUGUCCCCCAUCCCCAACAACAAAGCAAUAAAUCAAUAAAAUAGUUAACUUUUGUAUUAAGUGGUCACUUUAUAAUGUUAUGGUUGUUUAGUCUUUAGUUUUGAUAAAACUCUACUGAUUAAGUUGAAAUGUGGUCAGCACACUAGUUAUUGAACAAUACCGAAUAUCUAACAUGAUGGUUGACAGUUGGAGGUAUUCGAUGAGAAGCACUGGUUAUUCAAAUACAACGAGUCUUUCAAAACCUCAGGAUAUUACUACUUUUUUGAGGGGUUCGGACCGCAUCAUUUAUAAACGUUACAGUUUCACCGUUUGACCCGCGAAUAAACCGCACGACCACAAGUGGUCACUGUGACAUUAACUAAUUUCGAGUCAUGUUACUUGAAGUUUAUAACCAUCAAUUAGGGAAAUCUUAAGCAUUCAAACUGGAAAGUCUGUAUCUCGUAAAACGACUAUGACCAAAAUUUAACCAUUUGAUAAAUUUAUAGGAUUUCUUGAAUUAGCUAACCCUUAUUUUUGUUUAAGCAAUCUAUUACAUUCGAACGAAGGAUGAGUGAAUGGAAACUGCUACGGAUUAUUUAUGGACUAUUAUUACAUAUAUUCUUACU